AUGGGUGAUAUAAGAACUUUUGUUUUCGCUGUAGAAGAUACAGAAACAACACAUGGUCUAUGUAAAAUUAUUGGUCGGUCAAGCUUAUUUGAUCAAAAGAGUUUAGGUAGGCCAAACAAUCUUUACUUUGAUGAGCCAGAACUAAGCAGAAAACAUGCCAUGUUAUGUAUAAAGACACCAAAACCAAAAAUUCAGAGCGUUCCUUCUAUUGAACAACUUCGCAUCUGUAUUCGAGAUUUAAAUAACAAGAGUGGUACAGUAAACCUAGUAUCUGAUGGACCAGAUGAUGAGAUUGAUUUGAAAAGUGGCGAUACUUUUGGCUUGAUUGCACUUGCUAAUCAUUCUUUACGCGACAACCAUUAUUUAGCCGCCAAGUUGAUUCUUCAAAUUGAACUUGAGUACUUUGAUGAACAAAAAGACAUAGUUAAAUGCACCAUUACAAAUGUAACCUCUAGGAACAAUGAUAGAUUUCUAUCUUCCCCAGUUCACUCUACAUCAUUUGCAGAUGAUAGUAACUCAAGCUGGUAUGGAUUAUCCGAGGCUAGUAUUCAAACGGACGCUGCAGACGAGUGUCAUGAAACAAAAACCAUAAAGACUCGAGGAGGGAGAUUUUCCAUCUUUUCAUUGGGAAAAAGAACAAGCAAGAAACGUCAUGAUGCUAGUGGUAACUUCGUAGGGAAGAUUCUUGAAACGAAUUCUUUUGAAGAAGAAAUCGAUACAUGUACUGACACAGAUACAACAGAUACAACAGAAGAGCAAGAAGAAGAAGAAGAAGAAGGGGGGGAACAAGGUGGGGAAAUAGAACUUGAAAUUAUUAGAGUAAGAAGGGUCAAAACUAGGACCAAGAUAGAGAAAACAAUUGAUCGCUUCCCAAAGAACAAAGGAAUUACCUCUGCCCCUCAGCAAUCUAACAGUAUGUGGAUAUUACUAAUAAUAAUCUUGCUUUUUGAUCGCUUACUAUCGAUUUAG